GCCGGGCUUUGCCCAAAUAUGUCCAUUUCCUUCUGAAGGAAAAGAAAAAAGAGAGGAAGGAGGAAGAUAAGAAAGGAGCUGGACGUUGCCACCGAUAGCGCAGCCCUACCUCCCGCCCGCCCAUGCCGUUCCGCAAAGUUUCUCCCAUUUCUUUGAGAGAUGCCACACCAUCCCCCGCCAUCUGGCUUCAUGACAUCACUCCUCUCUGAGAAGCCCAGGGGUUGCCAUGGCGAUGCUGAGGUUGUCCCUGUUACAUCACCAGGUGGCCGCGGAGCAGCGCAAAAAGACCUUUGUUUUAACCAUGCCCAUGGAGCUGACGCAGAGCCGCAUCCAGAAGAUCUGGCUGCCCAAUGACAACCGCCCGGCGCUGCCCCGCCGCUCCUGUGGGCCGCAGCUUGCCAAUUCCCCCACUGUGAUAGUGAUGGUUGGCCUCCCAGCCCGGGGGAAGACUUACAUCUCCAAGAAGCUGACUCGCUAUCUCAACUGGAUCGGUGUCCCAACGAAAGUUUUCAAUGUGGGGGAGUAUCGCCGUGAGGCAGUGAAGCAUUACAGCUCCUAUGACUUCUUUCGCCCUGACAAUGAAGAGGCUAUGAAAGUCAGGAGGCAGUGUGCUCUGGCUGCCCUGAGGGACGUCAAGCUGUACCUGACAGAGGAGGCUGGCCAGAUUGCGGUUUUUGACGCCACAAAUACCACGCGGGAGAGGAGAGGGAUGAUCCUCAAUUUUGCCAAAGAAAAUGGGUUCAAGGUGUUCUUCAUUGAAUCUGUCUGCAACGAUCCCAAUGUUGUUGCCACCAAUGUCAUGGAAGUAAAACUGUCCAGUCCUGAUUACCGGGACUGUAAUUCGACCGACGCCAUGGAGGACUUCAUGAAGAGAAUCAAUUGUUACCAGGCCAGCUACCAGCCACUUGACCCUGAUGACUAUGACCGGGAGCUUUCUCUCAUCAAAGUCAUCGAUGUUGGCCGGCGGUUCCUGGUCAACAGGGUUCAGGAUCACAUCCAGAGCAGGAUUGUUUACUACCUGAUGAACAUCCACGUCCAGCCCCGCACCAUUUACCUUUGUCGGCAUGGUGAGAGUGAGUUCAACCUCAAGGGAAAGAUUGGAGGUGACUCAGGCCUCUCCAACAGGGGCAAGAAGUUUGCAGUGGCACUGAAUAAGUUUGUUGAGGAGCAGAACCUGAAGGACCUCAAAGUCUGGACCAGCCAACUGAAGAGAACAAUCCAAACAGCAGAAGCACUCCAGCUGCCCUAUGAGCAGUGGAAGGCCCUCAAUGAAAUAGACGCUGGUGUGUGUGAAGAAAUGACUUAUGAGGAAAUCAGGGACCAGCAUCCAGAGGAAUUUGCUUUACGUGAUCAGGAUAAAUAUUACUACCGCUAUCCUUCUGGAGAGUCCUACCAAGACCUGGUGCAGCGCCUGGAGCCAGUCAUCAUGGAGCUGGAGAGACAAGAGAAUGUCCUUGUGAUCUGUCACCAGGCUGUCAUGCGCUGUCUCCUUGCUUACUUCUUGGACAAGAGUGCAGAUGAAAUGCCCUACCUGAAAUGUCCUCUUCAUACGGUAUUGAAGUUGACUCCAGUGGCUUAUGGCUGCCGCGUGGAAUCCAUCUCCCUGAAUAUUGAAGCUGUUAAUACUCACAGGGAGCGGCCAGAGGAAGCAAAGAAGGGACCUAACCCGCUCAUGAGACGUAAUAGCGUUACCCCUCUAGCAAGCCCAGAGCCCAUCAAAAAACCUCGCAUCAACAGCUUUGAGGAGCAUGUGGCUGUUUCUUCCGCCCUGCCAGGCUGUGUUCCUCAGGAAGUGCCCACGCAGCUGCCGGGACAAAACAUGAACAACUCGCAGAAGCCGUCGUGAGUCCCUUAGCGCUGUCGCGAGGCCACCAGCGACGCCAGCUCCCAUCCCAUCGUCAUUUCUGAAGCUUGCUUGUAAACAGGUCUCCUCCGUUUGUGGCGAGGUCGACCCUCGGCUGUUUCUACCCACGCCUGUUCAUCUGCAAACUGCUCUGCUGGAGGGGGGAGAGAGGUGGAAGAGCGAUGGAGAGGAGGGAGACGAGCUCCCAGGUCUUCAGGCUGCGGCAUUGCUCUCCUCUCCGGUGUCCUGCUAGUGUGUAGCAAGCUGGGAAGCGUUUCUAGCGCACAGGAGAUCCCAAGUUCUAAUUUUCCUUCUCUAAGCGGUUUUGAUCUCUUUUUGUAUAGACUAAUGGUACCCAUCCGUCUUUGGGUGGAGUGUGUAUAUACAUGAAUGGUGCGGGGUUAGCAGAGUAAUGGGGACAAGAAGGGUGGGAGGGAACAAAGGGGGAAUUUGGAUUUUUUUCUAUUAUUAUUAUUAUUAUUAAGUAUUACUAUUUUUUUGCAAGAAAGCCCCUAAUGCAGUGCUGUGUUGCAGUCCUUCACAUGCACCAGCUACAGCCUGCCAUGAGCACAGCCCAGCUCAUCAAGAUACAUGAAAACUGCUGGUUUUAGCCAAUAAUAAUAAUAAUAAUAAUAAAACCCUCAUGUUAAUUGAUGCACCUCAAAGGGGGGUUGCAGAGAAUAUCAGUCUGCUGCUGUGAAACUGGCUGUGAGCUGCUUGUAGUACUGGGGGGAACCACACUGUUGGCUCCUGGGGAUGCUCUGCAUUGGAGGGAAGAGGAGAUGGGGUGGCUGCAUCACUGCGGGGACGUAGGUGGGCAGCUGCACUGGGUGCAUUUUGCAGACACACAGGUGUCUUGGCCAGGAUGCAGGAAGCCCUGGGUGUUGAUGAAAAGUCGCAAGAAGAGAAUUUAUUGUUGCCGUUCUUUUUCUUUAAAAUAUAUACAUGCACACAGAUGUGUGUGUGGGUAUGUGUUUAUACUUAGAAACCGCUUGGUUUUUGCACUUUAUUUGUGGCAGGAGCAUGACUAUAUUUCUUUUGUUGUUUUUUUUUAACCUGUGCCUCUUAACAGGGGAAGCUUGAAUACAGGCAACUCUUUUUUUUUUUUAAUUUUUGUGUGUGUGCUGGGAAGCUGGGACUGCACAAAAGCAGUAGGUAUGGCUUCCAAGGGGGGUGGGUGGGGGUGUGUGUGUGUGCAGGGGGCAAUGGACACAGUCCUGGCUUGGGCUCCCUUGGCCAUCUCCUGGAGGUUGGAGAUAAGAGUUCUUGAUGCAGGCUGUGAGCCAGCAGUUGACUGUGGCAAUUAACCACUACUGCAUUGUGCAAAAAUCUGUGGUUUCCCCCCCAAUCCCCUCCUGUGUUCAGCAUCUCCGUUCCCAUGUUGUGCUUUUUUUUUUCCCCUCCCACCACAACUGAACUGGAGGCAGGAGGUAAAGUCAUCAGAGUCCUCUUCUGACCCUGCAGGGUUGGAGAUGGGCAGCCCUUUGCUUUUAUCCUUUUUACAGCUUCCUCCUCUCCCCUGGGUAGGAAACAACAUCCCUGCAGUUGGGAGCAGAGAGGUUUGGGGGGAAGUGUUGAGUGGUUGUUGUUGUUGUUGGGUUUUUUUUCUUUUAAAUUAUUUUAUUUUGGUUUCUGGGGGGUUUGGUCCCUUUGUCCUUUGAGAAAAGGUGAACCACAGUGCCUAGUGCUUCAGUCCCAUGCAACAAAACCACAUUGCAUAGGCUCGGAGCAGUACCGACAGCAGGGAAGGCUCAGGGACUACACUGGUCCCUAUCCAACCAUCUUGGUGGUGCCCUGUAUGAGCGUGUCCAUAUGUGUAUAUUGUACAGAUGAAACAAAAACACUUAUUUCCCUUCUUUUUAAUUUGUAAUAACCGCGUUAAAGCAGACCUGCGUGCGCAUGCGGUUGGCGUCAGCCCUUUUGGUUUCUCUGCCUUUGAGAAGGGCAGUCGCUGGGGGAAGGUGACUUUGCCUUCUCAGCCCGUUUCCUGGGGAGUUGAUCUGUCUCCUCCUGCUACCCAAAGAUAAGCCAGCACACGCAAACAUGAUAUCUGGCUGCCCAUGAUCAGUCUUGUAAACAUGAUGUUUGGGUGUGUAUUUGAGUGCGUGUCUAUGCAUACAUAUAUAUAUCUGCAAGGAAAAAAAAAAACUAAACCCAAACCUUAAUUUCUUCUCUAGAAAUAGAAGUCUUGGUCUACAAAAAGAUGAAAUUUUAAAAGCCUACCAAUUUCAUUUUUAUUUUUUCCCUCUUCAUCAAGAGGGGAGGUUGGCCCAUGAGUAGUGAAGUAGUCCUCUCCGUGCUGGGAAUGGGUGGCAGGAUGUCAUCUCCAUCCCAUCCCAUCAUGCUGCCCGUUGUGUUUUGGCUGUACAACCAAAGCCCAGGCAAUGAUGCUGCAGCCAAGGAGGGUGGGAAGAGGGACUUGUUGAACCACACCAGUGAUUUUUUUUUCCCCUUUUACUUAUUUUUUUUUCCUGUUUUUUUUUGUGUGUGAUACUUGAAUUUAUUUUUUUAUGAUUUUUUUAAUAGCAAAGCGCUGUUUAUUUAUUUAAUGUAUACUGCAAAGCUUGGAGAGAAGGGUAGUUGGGAUUUUUUUUUUUGAUUUAUGCUGUUAACUGUUCUGUACAUACAUCUGGAAUAACUGCCUGAUAUCAAGCUGUGCCAGCUUAAACAGGGUCUGCCUUUCAGAAAUUUGUAUAUUUUGCAGUUGCUGGACCAAUAAAAUACCUUGUUGAAAUACA